ACCUUUGCCAAAAUUGACCACCAAUUUCACUUUCACUAUUAAAAUUUAAAAUGGCCGAUAGUUAAUGUUGUGAUUGUUUUAUUUAACUAUUAUGCGUUUGAGAAUACAUCAAUUUGUGUUAAAAUCAUGAAUUAAACUUCUAACAAUGUCAAGAACUGUUGAAGUGACGGACCAAGGAUCAUUCAUCCCUGCAUCCCAAAGACCAGAUGGCAGUUGGAGAAAGCCGCGGAGGGUGAAGGAGGGCUACGUACCCCAAGAGGAAGUGCCACUAUACGAAAGCAGGGGGAAGCAGUGGCGAGAAAGCCAGGUCCGGCAGUACCCAGUGGGUUAUGACCCAAGCAUUAUCCGGGCGAAGGAGGAGGCCAAGCAAGCAGCAGUGCGCACACAGAUACCUGGUCUUGUCAUCGAGACUGAAGGCAAGAAGAAAAAGAAAAAGAAGAAAGGUGGAGAAACCGUGGUGAAUGAACAGCCACAAAGCAAGAAUGCAAAGACUGAAACAGUGGUUAACUCGAACUCUGAAGCUGUGGACGAGUGGCAAACUGUCCAGUCAAAGAGUGCAAAGAACACAAAAGCUACUGAAUCCUCAACACAAAAUGCUGCUCCUGCUAUGGUUGACCCAUCCAAGCGUUUAAAAAAUCUUAAGAAGAAACUGAGAGAGAUAGAAGCGAUUGAAGCGAAGAUUGCUACUGGUGAAAUAAAAAAACCCGACAAAGAUCAGGUUGAUAAAGUCAAUAGAAAAGCUGAUGUAUUGAGUGAAAUAUUUGCUCUAGAGUUGAGUGUAGACCAGUGACGAUUAUUGAUAUACAUAGAGUAAAACAUUGUACGUUACGUCCGAUCAAGAGUCAUACUCUAGCAAUCAUUGCAAUUUUUUUAGGUUACAUGAAGGUUUUAAAAUUUUUAUUUAUAUUGUAAAUAUUUGUUUUCAAUCAUGUCUUGUACAUAUAUACAUUCAAUGUUUUGCAGUAGGCAUGAGCCAGAAUUUUCAUUUAAAACACAUCAAUGUUUUAUAAUAGUCGUAUUAGGAGAAAUAAAUCAUUUAUCACUGAAUAGAACAUUA